AUGGACACAGAAGGAGAUCAACAGUCAAAGAUACAAAUAGAUGGAUUGAACCUGAAGAGAGUGGACCACUUUAAGUAUUUGGGAGCGAUGGUUGAGGAAGAUGGCAGCAUGGGAAGAGAGAUUAAACACCGAAUUCAAUGUGGUUGGAAUAAUUGGAGAAAGGUUUCGGGAGUGAUCUGCGACAAGAGAGUGCCCAUAAAGUUGAAGGGAAAGGUACAUAAGUCUGUGGUCAGACCGGCUAUGACCUUUGGUUUAGAAACUGCACCACUGAGAAAAGUCGAGGAAAGAAAAUUGGAUGUUGCUGAAAUGAAAAUGCUCAGAUGGAUGGUGGGGUUAACAAAGAUGGACCGCAUAAGGAGAAUCAAGACUGCGAUGGUAUGGACGCCUGCUAUGAAGAAACGAAGAUCAUGUGGGAAGACAGGCAUUGGAGAUGGAAAUAGAAGGAAACAGACCAAGAGGAAGGCCUAA